AUGGCUGCUUCCCGAUCUACUCGUGUUACAAGAUCAACAGUGGGGUUAAACGGCUUGGAUGAAUCUUUUUGUGGUAGAACUUUAAGGAAUCGUAGCAUUGCUCACCCUGAAGAAAUUUCUUCUCAUUCUCAAGUACGAUCAAGAUCACCAAAGAAGAGACCAGAACCUGUGCAAAUUCAGAAAGGAAAUAAUAACAACAAUAAUGGAAGAACCACUGACUUAAAACAGCAGAGUACUCGUGAAUCGUGGGUAAGCCCUAGAAAAAAAGGACUUUCUUCUUCAGAAAAGGAUAAUAUAGAAAGGCAGGCAAUAGAAAAUUGUGAGCGAAGGCAAACAGAACCUGUUCCUCCAGUUUUAAGAAGAAUUAAGCGUUGUCUUAGAUCUGACGCACCAAACGGUUCAGAAGAAGAUUCACCUAUCAAAUCAGAGAAAGAUUCAGUAGAACAGAGGAGCACAGUAGUGGACAAUGAUGCAGAUUUUCAAGGGACUAAAAGAGCUUGUCGAUGUCUUUUACUGGAUGAUUGUGAGAAAAGGGAAAUUAAAAAGGUGAAUGUCAGUGAGGAAGGGUCACUUAAAUCUGCAGUAGUUGAAGAUAUCACGGGCUAUUUGGCUGUCAAUGGUGUUGAUGACAGUGAUUCUGCUGUUAUAAACUGUGAUGACUGUCAGCCUGAAAGGAACACUAAACAAAGUAGCACUGGUUCCUGUGUGUUGCAGGAGAAAUCAGUAGCUGAAAAUGGGGAUUCGGAUACCCAGACUUCAGUGUUCCUUGAUAGGAAGGAGGACAGUUAUAUAGACCAUAACGUGCCUUGCACAAAUACUGAAGUGCAGGUCAAGUUGGAGGACCACAAAAUAAUAACUGCCUGCCUGCCUGCGGAACAUGUUAAUCAGCUGACUACUGAGCCAGCAACAGGAGGGCCUUUUCCUGAAAAUCAGUCAUCUUUAAGGGAUUCUGAGGAGGAAGUAGAUGUGGUGGGAGAUAGCAACGCCUCAAAAGAGCGAUGUAAUGAAAACACCAAUAACACCCUGGACACAAAUCUUGAGAGUAUGCCAGUCUCUGGAGAACCAGAACCAUCAUCUGUUCUAGACUGUGUUUCAGCUCAAACGAUGUCUUUGUCAGAACCUCAAGAACAUCGCUAUAUCCUGAGAACUUCACCACGAAGGGCCGCCCCUGCCAGAGGUAGUCCCAGUAAAAGUAAUUCUCCUUGCAGAGAGAAUGGACAACUUGAGGAGAAUAAUCUUAGUCCCAAUGAAACCAAUACAGCUAUUAGUGAUAAUAUAAGUGAGUCUCAGACAAAUCCUGAUGAAAUUUCCCAGAAUGAAAAAGGGAUAUGUUGUGACUCUGAAAAUUAUGAAAGUGAAGGACUAAGUAAGCCACCCUCAGAGGCAAGACUCAAUAUUGGACAUUUACCAUCUGCCAAAGAGAGUGCCAAUCAGCACAUUACAGAAGAGGAGGAUGAUGAUCCUGAUGUUUAUUACUUUGAAUCAGAUCAUGUGGCACUGAAACACAACAAAGAUUAUCAGAGACUGUUACAGACAAUUGCAGUACUCGAGGCUCAGCGCUCUCAAGCAGUUCAAGACCUUGAAAGCUUAGGCAGACACCAGAGGGAAGCAUUAAAAAAUCCGAUUGGAUUUGUGGAGAAACUCCAGAAGAAGGCUGAUAUAGGGCUUCCAUAUCCUCAAAGAGUUGUUCAGUUACCUGAUAUUUCAUGGGACCAAUAUACCAAUAGCCUUGGGAACUUUGAAAGAGAAUUUAAAAACCGUAAAAGACAUACUAGAAGAGUUAAACUAGUGUUUGACAAAGGUUUACCUGCUAGACCAAAAAGUCCUUUAGAUUCUAAGAAGGAUGGGGAGUCCCUUCCUUACUCUAUGUUACCUUUGAGUGAUGGUCCAGAAGGCUCAAAUAGUCGUCCUCAGAUGAUAAGAGGACGCCUGUGUGAUGAUACUAAACCUGAAACAUUUAACCAAUUGUGGACUGUAGAAGAACAGAAAAAACUUGAGCAGCUACUUCUUAAAUACCCUCCUGAAGAAGUAGAAUCUCGACGCUGGCAGAAGAUUGCAGAUGAACUGGGCAAUAGGACAGCAAAACAGGUUGCUAGUCGAGUGCAGAAGUAUUUCAUAAAGCUAACAAAAGCCGGCAUUCCAGUCCCAGGAAGAACACCAAAUUUAUAUAUGUACUCUAAAAAGUCUUCAACAAGCAGACGACAGCAUCCACUUAAUAAGCAUCUCUUUAAACCUUCUACUUUCAUGACGUCCCAUGAACCUCCUGUAUAUAUGGAUGAAGAUGAUGACCGAUCAUGUUUUCAUAGCCACAUGAACACUGCUAUUGAGGAGGAAUCAGACGAAGAAAGUAUUCCUGUUAUAUAUAGGAACUUACCUGAAUAUAAAGAACUAUUACAGUUUAAAAAAUUAAAGAAACAGAAACUACAACAAAUGCAAGCUGAAGGUGGAUUUGUGCAACAUGUGGGCUUUAAGUGUGAUAACUGUGGCAUAGAACCUAUCCAGGGUGUUCGGUGGCACUGUCAAGAUUGUCCUCCAGAAAUGUCUUUGGAUUUCUGUGAUUCCUGUUCAGACUGCCUACAUGAAACAGAUAUCCACAAGGAAGAUCAUCAAUUAGAACCUAUUUAUAGGUCAGAGACAUUCUUAGACAGAGACUACUGUGUGUCCCAGGGCACCAGUUAUAAUUACCUUGACCCAAACUACUUUCCAGCGAAUAGAUGA